AUGGCACUGCCUCCACCACUCGCCUUUCCCGUCUCGCCAGGGACAGAUGUAGUCGUACCAGCGCAGCUGGGCUUUUUGGCCAUCUUCAACCCGUCCCUAGGCGCUACCGAUGAGACCAUUGACGACCAGAUCGUCUAUUACGCCUCGGUCAACUCCCAGCAGCAGAGCCAGCCUCGCCGCAGACACCGCUCCAAGGCCAAGCCCACCGACGGAAUCUCGCAAGACGAGCGCAACGAGAGACUGAGGCAGAUUGGACUGGCGCAGGGCAUGGUCGAGUUUGGACGCGGCUUCGCUGAUGGAGAGCCGACUGAUGUGAUUGAAACGGAAAAGUCAAGAAUUGUUCUCAGGGAAUUAGAGCCCGGGUGGUGGAUUCUAGCUUCCAUUGAUCUCACAAGACUUCCCCUUCCACCGCGCCUGGGUGGCUCUGCGAAGGACGUCGCGCUCGACAACGUCGAAUACUCCUCGCGCGAGGUCAAGCCUGCACUCCUCCUCCAACAAGAUCUUUUGCGCGCGCAUUCCAUCUUCCUGCUCCAUCACGGAUCAUCUCUUAGCGCCCUUUUCGUUCGAUCGAACAGAGCCAAGUUUGUGACUAUACUGAGCAGAUACUGGGAUAUUUUUCUCUCGACCUGGAACGUGCUGCUUCAUGGAAACCCAGCAUGCGCCGUCUUUGGCGGUAUCAAGAUGGCCGCAUCUGGAGAGCUGGGCGUUGGCGUUGGUGAGGAAGAAAGAGGCAGUGGGGAACGCGAAGUCCUUGAAGGGUUCGUUGGAAGAGUCGAAGGACUUGUGGACUUGGUCGUUUGCAAGUAUGGAGAUGCUGAUCUUGAUGCCGUCUCCGAGGAUAAGGCGUCGACUUCCUCGCAAUUACCCAAGUGGAUCGGUACCGGAGAGGAGCCAGGCGCUGAGGACGGCGCCAUCUUCCUCGGCGUCGGCAGUCUGUCCAGAAAAUCGUUGCGCAACGUCACCUUUUGGAUGGAGGAUCUUUAUACCUGGGGUGAAGACGCUUACGGCGUCAAGGAAAGUCCGACUUCCACGAGAACCAAGGGGAGGCAGCACAGAGUGAAGUCUGUAAGCAGCAAGACCGAGCAGGCAAAACAGCCAGCUGGGACUCUAAGCACUGGAGAAACGGAUCAGGCCAAAGACCAGGGUUUGGCGCUGCAAGGAAAGGCACAGGCGAUUGGCGGCAGUACCGCGCACAACGGCAGUACAACUAAACUGAUGGAUUAUCUCAAGCUGGGUUACGGCACACAUUGGUCCUUGGGAGGUCAUGACGGACCACCCACCAAAGCCGAGCACGAGAAUGAGCCCGAACCCGAGCGUGCCAGCACGGAGGAGACUUUUGCCGACCGGCCCAAGCUAGAGGCUCGCACGUCAUCUAGGCCUGGUGUUGACGACAGGAUUGGCCAUUACUUGAUAGGCUUGCAAGGCGAUGUCCAUGACAGUGGCAACGACAGCUCAGAUCCCGACUUGGAGGAACUACAGUCUCGAACCCUCCUGAGGACUUUGACGGUAGAGCUGGAAAGGGGAGUUCACCGCCUGCCCGAGGAAGAGAAGACGCAAGACCUCAGCAGUGGCAAAAACGGACUCCCAAGCUGGAAGCAUGGCAGCAAGAAUCACCAAAACCCAAAUUCACACUUUGACAGCCAAGAUCGCAACAAGUCUGUAAAGAUGCGCGUGGUCGUCUAUGUUAGCAAGCCUUUCAUCUACACUUUCCUUUUUCAAAACAGGACAGACUCGCUUGCUUGGGAUAGUCUGUAUAAAUCGCUGCACUAUCAACUGGAGCCGCUUCGCAAACCUCUUGCUCUGUCAACGCUCUACCGGCCCGAGAAACCAGACUCGGGAGGUGCAGCGAGCCACAUCUUCGACUUGAUCUGGGACCCCAGAUCACUAAUGAUCCAUUCUACAAUCCCUAGUAUCCCAGACACCAUGCCCACUUUGGCCCCAGAUUCCAAGCAACAGAACAGCUGGUCUCGCUUGGAAGCUAUGAACUCGCACAUGCAAAUUGUGCAGACUUUUGCGGGAACACGGCAGUAUACCGGUGAACUUGAGCGAACUUGUAAGACGAGCCGCGGUUGGUGGGUGGUUUGGGCGCGAAUACUGCAGACGAAGGAGGUCACCUUCACUGAGCCUCUGACAAGCGAUGGCAGGACGCCGCCGACUCUCACUAAGAAUGACAGUCAGGAUUCAGAAGUCUCAGAAUCGACGACCGAGUCUGGCGGCUUCUAUCCUAGUGCUGCAUCCUCUUCGAGCGGCAUAGCCAUCCAGUCUGGAGAGACCGCCAAAUGUUCCGAAGAAACCCAGAAGCCGGAAGAGUUGAACAAUAAGAAACGUAGGCAGAACAAACAGAAAGUCAGCAAGGAGAUCUUCCUUAUUCGGAAGGCUGGCGAAAGCGGGUCUAGGAGUCGUAGCCUCAGCCAGAUUUCAGAGGGCAGAGAAGGUUGGGCCGAUGGUGCCAGUCGGUUGGCCCAGGGAAUCGGCGUGGAUACGAAGAAGUAUAUUGAGGGUCUGCUUAGUCUCACGCAGUGA